AUGAAGCCCUCAUCCUCGCGGGUGCCCAUCAUCCGCAUCGCGAAGGGCACCUUCUAUCGACAGCACCCAAACGCCCUGUCGGAGCACCCUAACCCGCCCCUCUUCAACGACCUGAGCUUUGAGCUGCCGUCCAGCGCAGCCGCGCAGCAGCACUGGUGCAUCGUCGGCUCCUCUCUCUCUGGAAAGACGACGCUGCUGCAAGCUCUCCGCGGCCGCUUCAUCUGCGACCCCCCGUUGGCGCGGUCAUUCCCAUACCUGUCCUCGGACGUUGUGCCGACGCGCCUCCGUAGCCCCGGCCGGGCCAUCCAGUACGUGGGGUUCGACGCCGACCAGGCGUGCGGCGGCGGCCUCGCGGCUGCUGCUACUACCACGUCCGCAUUCCUGUCAGCCCGCUACGAGUCACAUCGUGAAAUCACCGACUUCUCCCUGCGCGACUUUUUGCGAGGCAACACCGAGCUCAACCCUCUCGAGACGUCGCUCGACAACCAGGUCGAGCCGGCGCUGCUGGACCGCGUCGUCACGGAUCUCAAGCUGGGCCACCUACUAGACCUCCCGGUGACCUUCCUCAGCAACGGACAGGGCCGACGGGCACGCAUCGCGCGCGCCCUGCUGACGCGACCCGAGGUGCUGCUUCUGGACGAGCCCUUCAUGGGCCUGGACCCGCCGACCGUGUCCGGGCUGAGCCCGCUGCUGCAAUCGCUGGCCGAAAAGGCGAGCCCGCGACUAGUCUUGAGCGCGCGGCCGCAGGACCCCCUGCCGGAGUGGAUCACGCACCUCAUCUACCUCCGCAGCGACUGCCAGAUCGGAUCUAUGGGGCCCAAGGACGUCGUGCUCGACGGGUUGCGCAAGUACGUCCAGGGCGUGCAGGCCGGCACGUUGGCCGAGGACAAGAAGAUGCCGCUGCGGACACUGGCCGAGGUCGGCAAGGUCCUCUCCUCCACCGGCCCUUCCGCCACAGCUAGCAGUAAAGACGCCACAAUACAAGAGUCAACGUCCACGGCAGAGCCGCUCGUGGAGAUGGACGGCUGCAAGAUCAGCUACAAAGACAAGGUCGUGCUCGGCAACUGGUCGCAGGAGAUUGACGGCCGACAGAAACAAGGCCUCGUCUGGACCGUUCGCCGCGGCGAGCGCUGGGGCGUCUUCGGGCCCAACGGCUCCGGCAAGACAACAAUUGUCUCGAUGCUCAGCUCCGACCACCCGCAGACGUACUCGCAGCCCGUCAAGCUCUUCAGGCGGUCGCGCAUCCCGGAACCCGGCUCCGGCCAGACGCCGCUCACCUUCUGGGACGUCCAGGCGCGCGUCGGCCACUCCAGCCCUGAGGUGCACCAGCACAUGCCGCGCGGUCACUCCAUCCGCACGGUCAUCGAGAACGCGUGGGCCCUGACGUUUGGCACCAAGGCCAAGCUGGACGGGGCCUCGCGGCGCAAGGUCGACGCCGCGCUUCGGUGGUUCGCGGCCGAGCUGCGGCCCGUCAGCGCCGCGACGAGCGGGCAAGCGGACGAGGACGACCUCCAGUGGGCGGACGACUACAUGUUUGGCGAGAUGUCGUUUAGCGCGCAGCGCGUGGCGCUCUUCAUCCGCUCCAUGAUCAAGGGCACCGACAUCGUCGUCCUCGACGAGGCGUUUAGCGGCAUGGACGAUGCCGUGCGCGACAAGUGCUGCCUGUUCCUCACCGCGGGCGAGAGGAAGGCCCUCGUCGACGGCAAGGUCGUGGACAGCGAGCAGGCGAAGACGGGGACCGUGACCGUGAGCGGCUUGACGGAGUGGCAGGCGCUCAUCUGCAUCGCCCACAUCAAGGAAGAGGUGCCCGACUGCGUACGCGAGUGGAUAUGCCUGCCAGAGGCUAAUACGGGGCUCCCCGCACGGUUCGGUCGACUGGAUGGGCCAUUAAGGAACAACGAGAGCCGGUGGCAGUUGAUCUGGGGGUUCGCUUCUGAAUAG